AUGGCUGCCGCUUUCGCUAGGUGUUCCGUCCCAUUCCCUCUGGUCCCGUCUCAGCUUCGGCGUUCCGUGAGCCAUCGCCGAACAUUUGAAUUACCAUGGAUGGUCCAUGACCUAUUUUUCUGCCCACUCGAUGCUCUGGGUCUGGUUGUCCUACCUUACCAAGCGUGCAAGCCUGCCACCACCUUGCUUACUCCGUACGUUACGCGAACUUGCGGCUUUGCGUGCGUGUCGUGUCCUGACGAAAGUGUUCCGUUGCCCUCCACAGGUAAAUGGGAAAUCCACAAGGUCUUCUUGGUACGUUGGGUCUCUGCACAAAUGCAGCAGAGAAGUGGCCGUUUUCAGCCGUCGCCUUCUCCACCGGGUCCAUGCCGGGUCAUAGGGUACGUAGCAGGCAGCCAAAGCCAGAACCAGGCAAGCAACGCCAAGCAAGGGUUCUUUCCCUUUUGCUGCCGUCUACUGCACAGUACGUAUGUGCUCUUUGCUCAACUCACCACAAAGUUCAACUUCGCGUGCUGGUUGCGUGGUGCAUCUGUCAUCCAGCUUCAUUGUUCCCCGUCCACCAUCUCGUCAAAUUGUGUCACUAUUCAAAGCAAUGACCGAACCGAUAGACCAGCCGCUCGCCACGCUGCUGUCAGUACGAGUGCCGUGCCGCUCUCCUUGGAAAUGUUCCCGAAUGUCUCUGAUGGCGACCACCACACGCAUCCACGCUCCACCACGACCACCAGUCCACAAGCACACAACCACGCAUCAAGACUUAGUUACGACACACACCCCCUCCCUCUUCCCCUUGAACCUUGA